AUGUCUUUUAAUAGUCGAAGAAGUAAUAAAAAGCAUCCUCCUUUGUCUUAUGAUAGUGCUCCAGAAGGAGGAGAAGACCCACAAACUACACCGGCUCCAGCCAGUCCUACCCAAAGUGUCAAAAGUCUUAACCAUAAAUCGGGGCGGCCAUCUCUCUUCGCCGCAUUUGCUCGCAGAAAUUCAACCAAAAGCGAACACUCCUCAAGGAGUCGUUCACCAACCAGCCCUAGGCCUUCUAACGAUUAUAACUUAACCGAAGAUUUUCGCACUCCUAGUCCGACACCAUCACGAGAUUCAAUGAUCUUCGAACGUGACAUUGAAGUUCACGAUCAUCUAAGCGUUCACGAAGCUAUAGACCUCGCUAUUCCUCCCGGUCUAAACAAUGUAGCCGAAGCCUUUGUUAAAGAAGAAAUACCUAUUAUCACAGAAGAUGGAACUGAUUCUAUAGUUAAAAAUAGGAAUGAUUCUGAAAAACUUUGGAUUAAUACAACAAGGGGAGAAAUUGAGGGGCGGAAAAGAUUGUCACUAAUAAAUUAUGCGGACAUUGUUAAUCGAACACCAAGCCCUGGUCCGUUUGAUCAAAAGAAUACAAUCGCGGAAACUUUGCGAGUGACGACACCGAGAGAAAUGAACGGGUUGACAGGAAUAUUUGACUCGUGCAAAUAA